UGAGCUUUGGGUGGGAUAAAGGGACUUUAAUUUAAAAUGUCAACCCGUUAUCACCAGGCCGCAACUGAUGGCUACCUGGAAAUUCUGAAAGAGGCUACCAAGCGAGAUCUCAAUCUUUCUGAUGAAGAUGGCAUGACCCCCACACUUCUGGCAGCCUACCAUGGCAAUUUGGAAGCCCUGGAGAUCAUCUGUAGCAGGGGGGGAGAUCCUGAUAAAUGUGACAUCUGGGGAAAUACUCCUCUCCAUUGUGCAGCCUCCAACGGAUACACUCACUGUGUCUCGUUUUUGAUCAACUUUGGUGCCAAUAUAUUUGCCCUGGACAAUGACCUACAAUCUCCACUAGAUGCUGCUGCCAGCAGAGAGCAGAAUGAAUGUGUUGACAUCCUAGACAAAGCUGCCAGGGACCAGAAUAUCCUGAAUCCCAAAAGGGUUGCUAGGCAGAAGGAACAGGCCCAAAGAAAUGCCAAGAAACAGAUUAAAGAUUGUGAAAAGCUUCAAAAUAAGCAUCAGAAUAAAAUGAAUCGCACAUUCAAGAAGGAGAAGGCUGGGACUCUAACUUCUUCCAAGGGCACUUUUUCCAGUUCUUCAAAUUCCUCCAUUCCCACUGCAUUUGGGACAUUCUCCAAGGGUCUGAAAGAUACCUUCAAGAUAAAGUCUAAGAAGAACAGGAACACAGAAGAAGAACAGUUGGGGAAAGGAACAGAGAAGGAGAGCAGGAGUGGGCAGCGAAAUGUGAUGGAAGUCUUCCAGGAAGAUGAGGAAGAGUCAUUUGAAAAUGGUUUCAAAGACAAAUUACAGCUCACAGAAGAUGAAAACAGAGAUGUGCAACAAGAAUCCAUUUUCAACCGUCCUGGUCUUGGCAAUAUGGUGUUUAGAAGAAAUACAGCCCUGGAAGAUAUCUCAGGCAGCAAGAGAGAGGUAGAGUUUAAUAUAGUUUCAGGAUUACUCCAGCGAGGAGGAUCAGGGGAUCCUGAGGAAACUGACCCAGAAGCAGAGAUAGAAGAAGAGGAUGAAGAUGAUAUGCCUUGGAAUGAGAAUGAAGUGGAAUGGGAGGAAGAUGAAGCAGAUAUUACUCCCCUUGAAUUGUUUUUGAUGUCUCAAAACCUAAGUGAAUUCAUCCCCAUCUUCAUGAGGGAACAAAUAGAUCUAGAAGCCCUCCUACUUUGCUCAGAUGAGGACCUCCAGAGCAUACAAAUGCAACUGGGCCCAAGAAAGAAGAUCCUCAGUGCCAUAGACAGGAGAAAGCAGUUACUACAGCAUCCUGGCCAGAUGACUGAUACAAGCCUCUGAUGAAUGAGUGUGUCCAGGAGCAAUGGAGAGUUAUAGACAUGAUUAUAUGAUCUCCAUAAUGCAGGUCUGUGAAUUAUCUUGAUGUCAGGCUACUGUUUCUCUUCUCUUCUCUCUCUACACCUAAAAAACAAACAACAAAACCUAAACGGACACUUGGAAAAUCCCCCAUUGCCUUCUGGGGAGUUUUACCUUUACUUGAAGCAGUCCUCAAGUCCUUCACAUCCUGAAUUCUGGGGAUACUCCUUCCAAAUAAACUACCACUGAGUAUCAUGAAGAGACCAAGGGAAUAUAGAAAUGGUGUCUCAUUUCACAGGACACUUCUCAAGUGUCUUUUCUGAUUCAUCUUGGGAAAGGUCUAGUAAGUGACAAGGAAGAAAAAUACACCUUCUUUCUGGUUUCAGCUUUGGACUUGAACUAUCAUUUCUCAUCAUAUUAUGACCUACUUGUUAUAUUCAAAUUCUUCUAAAGUGAGCAGGCACUCUAUUUUUAAAACCUUUUUAUACUUCUGAACUGAAUACCACAAGCAUUGUCUGAAUACAUAAAGAGAUCCCUUACCUCAAUUUUGGACAAUCACUUAGCAUUGUUAUCAUAGGGUGACCUACUCAAACUAUGUGUCUACUAACAACCCAACAUACCAAAAUCACUUUUUAGUAAUCAGAUGGUUCUUAUUCCUAACAGCACAAAGACAGAUGGUAUCCAAUGCAAUAAUUCUCUGACAUCAUCUUUCUUAUUACUACUCGAUGCUCCCAAAUCAAAUGUAUUCAUGAGGUGCUUCUUUCCAAACCCACAAAUAGUGAAUAAAUAUAAAUGCUAAAUCAUC